AUGGCCAAAAAGAAGAAUAAGCAGGUCCUCCGCCCUUGGUGUUGGUACUGUGAGCGGGAGUUCGAAGAUGAAAAGGUUCUAAUGCAGCACCAGAAGGCCAAGCACUUUAAGUGCAACCUAUGCCCCCGACGGCUGAAUACGGCGGGAGGUCUAGCAGUUCAUAUCCAGCAGGUACAUAAGCUUGAGCCCGAGAAUCUUCCGCGGAUUGAAAAUGCGCUACCUGGACGUGACGGAUACGAGGUGGAGAUCUUCGGCAUGGAGGGUAUUCCCGCUCCUGAUAUCGCGGACUACAAGCGCCGCAAGGAGAUUGAGCUUGGUCUCAAUCCUGGAACCAUUUCUCAGCCUCAGAACAAGAGGCCCAAGCUAGACAAUCGCGCUCUUACUGAAGAAGAGCUUAGGGCGCAGUUGGAGGCACAUAAGGCGCUCAUGGGCGCAAGUGAGGGAGCGGCUGCGCCUGCGACGCCUGAAGUCGCCUCGGGCGCUGUCUUUGGCGCUCCAGCACAAACGUAUGCCCUUCCGACGGCUCCGGCCCCUGGUAUGGUACCUCCGCCCUCAGCAUCUCCUAUGGGUAUGCACCCAGGUGCGCCGCCUUUCCCUCAUGGUGCGUUGCCGCCGCCUGGCUUUCCAGGCGCCCCUCCCUUCCCUCCGCCUGGCAUGUCAUUUCCUCCAGGUAUGUUCCCUCCGCCUGGUUUCCCAAUGCCGCCUCCGCCAUUUGCCGGCUCCCCUCCACCUGGAAUGCCUCUUCCGGGGAUGCCACCUGGCGCCCCUCCUCCAGGCAUCCCUCCUUUCCCUCCUGGUGUACGUCCGCCAUUUCCACCACCUCCAUUCCUCCCGCCAGGUGUGUCACCACCCCCUGGGUUUUCUUCUCCAAACGGUAUGAUACCUCCCGGUAUGCCACCGUUACCAAUGCGUACCACGGUGUCGACGUCUCCACCCCCGCCGGGUGUGCCGGGAACUCCAGCCCCUCCGCCAGCAGCAUCUCCUGUGCAUCAGGUACCAGCAUCAGCACCAGCAUCAGCAGCUUCGCCUUCAGUGGCGAAGACGCCCCCUCAGCUUACUCUGCCAGACCCCACUAUUGCACAGACGAAUCCGCCGUUCAAGAAAGAUACUUCACUGAAGUGGUCAGAUCCGAAUUUCUCGCCUGAAGAGCAUCGCGCCAUCCACCCGAAGUAUUGGAUCGCGAAUACUUCCGAGAAGAAAGGGGACGGCCAGAGUGCCGCCUCUGCAACAACUGCCCCUGAGGAGAGCAGAGGAAAGAAGCGGGCCCGGGCAGAAGACUUCCUGUAG